UUCCGAUACAGCCCCCGCCGAUAGAAGCCCCGCCAACGUUACCUACGCCGCCGUACGAUACCCCAGUCAUUCCCAAAAUUAAUGUUAUAAAGAGCACUAAGUUUAUGGAAGACAAUGGAAAAGAUAUAAAGCUGUACCCAACCCGCGGCCGGCGGCGCGGCGUGCUAGUGGUAUUCAGCUACAUCGAGUUCCGUGCUCAACUGGAGACGUACCGGCGGGGAGUGGACGUGGACUGUCAGAUGUUGAAGAACCUCUUCUCCGAGAUCGGCUUCGAGGUUAUCUCCUUCCAGAACCUUACCAGAGAUGAAACCCUCACCCACAUGAAAAACCUCCCCCUAAAAGGGGCCGAAUGCGUGUUCAUAGUGAUCUCGUCCCACGGAUACGGACGUGACGGGUCCUGGGACACGGAUAUCCGGUGUUCGGACGGCGGGCUGAUAUCCGCGCACGCUGUCGUCGACCACUUCAAUAACCAGAACUGUCCCGCGCUCAUUGGGAUACCGAAAGUGUUCAUAUUUCAAAUGUGCCGGGGCGAGAACCGGUACUUGGAGCUGGCGCUGGCGGAGCAGGCCGCGGGGGUGGCAGGGACAGGAGCCGCCACGGACGGCGCGCCGUACGGCCCGGGAGGCGCGGCGCCGCGCGGCAGCCGCGCCGGCCGCCGCCGCGACCGCGUCUACUCCGACAUCCUCAUCGCGCACUCCACGCUGCCCGGCUUCGUGUCCCACCGCGACAUGGACAAGGGCUCGUGGUUCAUCCAGGCCCUGUGCGAGGUGUUCGCGGCGAACGCCCACCAGUGCCACGUGGUCACGCUGUUCACGCUCGUCGACAAGGCGUUGCAGGAGCGCUUCCGCGUUCAGACGUCGGUCGUCGAGAAUUGGGGGUUCAACUGCAAGCUUUACUUGCAUCCGGGACUUUUUGAGGACUAGUCGUUUGUGACGACGAUUGUGUUCAAAGUCGUGAACGAGGUUUGUUCAAACCUCGAGAAUUGGGGUUGAGCUGCAAUUUUAUACCUGCAUCCGAGACUUUUAGAAGGGUUAUUCUGACGUGUGACGAUGUUCUGACGUGCGCUUUAUGUUCAAACGUUGGUCGUCAAGAAUCGAGGGUUCAACUGCAAGCUAUACUUACACCCGGAAAUUUAUGAGGACUAAUAGGUGAUGGUGCUCAAAGUCAAGUGCUUCCAUGUUCUAACUUGUUUUGUGGGUAACUAGGAAUUCAGUUGCAAGUCGAAAAUUGCCUGUAAGAAUAGGACAAUUUCGAGCUACGUCACGUUCUGAGGACGUUACUUUCGAAGUAGGAUAAUUUCUUAGAACGGAGUUUCUAAGGACGAUUUAUAUUUUUUUCACUUGUUCUAUACGUCUCUGAACACGAUGUUAGUUAGUGAAAUGAACUAUUUAAUCAAAAUUUUAAUCUAUUUAUAGACUUUAUGCGUAAAUGAUUAGAACAAAAUGAAUUAUAUUAGGAAAUGUUUCUUUAUUCUUGCAAAUUGUAUAAAUCUGUAAUAUUUUAUUAAGUAUAAUGUAAAGAAUGAAACAUUGCCAACUGAGACAAAAUAAUUAUUUGAUCUCCUUGGCCAUGUUUGGUAAUAUCUUUUACCUGUGAUAGUAGUUAGUAAUAGUCGGUAUAAGUUUAGUUACCAUCGACUGUUGCGUUCCAUAGAUAUUAUAGAUUUUUUAAUGUUGUAAUACAUUUUCUAACUCUGGAGAAUCUCAACUAAAGAAAGGACGCUUAGCCUGAGGAAUUUCGUACAUUGACCCGCCUGUUUCUAUCUCUAUCGCUCACGCGUAAUUAUAUUGCUGUCCCGCCUAUGAUGACGGCGGUUAUUGACAGUGUACGAUCGGGAUAGCAAUAUAAUUAUACGCAUGCAAUAGAGAUAGGAACAGGCGGGUCAAUGUACGAAAUUCCUCGUGCUAAGCGUCCUUUCUUUAGGUUUUAACACUGGCCAGCGUGUCGUGUAACAAAAUGUGUUUAUUGUUCAGUAAAAGCUUUACCUGGCAAUAAAAUGAAAUGAAAUGACAGCUUGAAACUGACAGAUUAUAUGGUACGCAAAAAAGUUGCCAUAAAAAAUAGCUUGUGUCGCGACUCGCUGGUCAUGCUUUGUUGGCACAUUGGAUAUGUGCAUAACUUUGACGCCCGAUAGGCGGCUAUUCGUAUUUUAUUUACAGUUUCGUGUGUCAAAUGAAAUUUUGACUCGGUGCGCUGUUAUCGCUUCUUUAGUUCCCCCACCUCUAAGUGCACAGAAUUUUACUUUUAAGCACAUUGAUUGUUUAAGGAUAGGUAAAGUUUUGAUCCUCAUGUGAAGAAACCAUGUUGUUUAGUCAAUUGUAUACCUAUUAAGACAGGUAAUUCGCCAGUAACUGGCCACUGUUAGUAAUUGGCCAACUUAAACUAAAAAUUAAUUCACCUAUAAACAGAAUUCAUAUUAGUAUAAGGCAGCUAGUUAUUGAUACCUGGCAAGUUAUUGAAACCCUAUACUAAAAUGAAUUAUGUUUAUAGGGAAAUAGAAUUCAUUUUUAGUGUAAGGUGGCCAAUUACUAACAGCGGCUAGUUACUGGCUAAUUACCCUAACACUAAUUUUUUUAAUUUAAACUUAAAGACGGAAUUUCUUGGCUACUCUACUUGCAAGUUUCAAAGCUUGUGUUUAUUGCUAUGUAAUUUUAUUUUCUCAAACAUGCAAUGAAAUAUUGAUGUUAUGUUCCUUAUAAUAGGCUGCGAAGUAUGACGUUUCAGGUGCGGCUAGGACAAGAGGUCGUUAAUGGAAUUUCAUACAAAUCUUGCAGGCCUAGGCCGGCAAAGUCCUCUUUUUUAA